UUCCGUACGCUCACCCCGCCUUCGCACGCGACGACGACCGGCGGCCCGGUGUCUGACGAACGUCUGACGGGUCCGAGAGUCCGAGCCGAGGCACGGAGACCUCGAGCCUGGAGAGCGAGAGCGAGCGAGGCCGAGGGACUUCGAGAAUAUUUACAAUGCGCUUCGGGCAAAUUUCCCUCGUCUGAUAGAAAGGCGAGGGAAGGAGAGGAGAGGAGAGACGAGACGAGACGAGAGGAGAGGGCAGGGGCAGACAUCGAGUCUUGCUUCGGCGCUGGAAAUUGGUUGUUUGGCGUGUUUCGGUGCAGGAAAGAUUAAUGUUUGAGUGCAGCGUGCGUGCGUGAGGAGCAGCAGAAGAUAGUUCGUUAGGCCUGUGCACCUUUCGUGUUCUUUGGAAUGGACGGAUGCACGAGUCGCGUGUGAGGGACCGACAGAAUGCACUCAGGAAUAUAUUUUCUUGGUUGUUGUAGCAGCUCGUCGCUCUCGUGAAGAUGGUAGUCGCAAUGUCUUCGAUUCGGCAUUGCUGCAGCAGCUUAUGGAGGAGGAAGGCGAUUAUUUGGACGCCCCAUCGUUCAUUCGUGGCUGCAGGAAAGCAGGGGAACAAAUUACAGAGUUCUUUGAGUGCAUGGAAUUCGACACGAUCGUUCUCCGCAACUGUCAACACUUUUGCUAAGAACUUCCCUGAGAGGGUAAGCGGGACGAGGAGGGAAGGGAUGGUGGAUAAGAUGCUGCAUCGGACCAGCUUCUCGCUGAAAUCCGACCUCGGUGUGACGGUCGCCGAUGGCUCCGAUGAUGCUUUUGUCCUGGUGGUACUAAAUUACAACGUACCCAAGUUCGUACCCGUUCUUUGGAACCAAGCCCGGUUGCGCAUUUGUGCUGACGGUGGAGCCAAUCGAAUAUAUGACGAAAUACCAGCAUUGCUCCCUGAAGAAGAUGCAGAUAGCGUGCGUGAAAGGUACAAGCCUGAUGUGAUAAAGGGAGAUUUGGAUUCCAUACGACCGGCUGUACGGGAUUUUUAUUUGAGCUUGGGCACAGUGGUUAUCGAUGAGUCGGAGGAUCAAGAUACAACAGACUUUGAGAAGUGUAUAGCUUAUAUCAAAGACGUCGAUUCCAACACAGCCCCUCGUAAGGUCGUCGUUGUAGGAGCUCUUGGAGGGCGAUUUGACCACGUGCUUGCACACAUCAAUGUGCUGUAUAAGUAUCCCAGGCUCCGCAUAACUCUUCUAAGCGACGACAGUUUGUUGUACCUUCUUCCCCAAGGCUUUUCACACGAGAUUCGGAUAAACUGUGCUGUGGAGGGUCCUCACUGUGGAUUAAUCCCGUUCGGUACAUCAUCUGAAAGCACUACCACCACCGGACUUCGUUGGAACUUAAAUGAAAGUGGAAUGGCAUUUGGAUCUCUGAUCAGCACCUCAAACCUUUUGGAUGACGAUGUGGUCACUGUGGUGUCAGAUAGUCCUCUUAUAUGGACGAUAGCCAUACGACAGUCUGGAGAGGAUAUUUGUCCAACAUAAUUAUCAAUCAUUAUCUGAAGCGUUUAGAUGUUGAAUGGUUUGUAGAGUCUUCCAGAGUAACUAGAUCGUAUCAGAUUUGAGUCGCGCAGAAUGACUGAGUUCCAACAAAUACAGGGAUCUUGUUUCAGAUUAUGGCAGCCAUGAAGGUGUUAGUGUAGGAGAUAGGAAAUAGUGAGCAACCUCAGUUGUAACACCAGCAUUCAUCAAUUCUUUGCUCACUUUUGUAGAUCUGUUAUUAUCCACAUCUCGCUGUCUGAAAUGGACGCCAUGAUUUUUAUUGAUUUCCAUGCAGCUGGUUAGCAGAAUCAGGAAUUGCAUUUGAGGAGUGUGUCUCAAAUAUAGGUGAAAGGUUAGAGUUGUGACUUUAAUUCUCGUUCUCAUCUCUCCUGGAUGAUUUUUAUAGUAAAGAUCUCAGGUUGAUGUAGACUGAAAUUUCACUUGCGUGAUUGGAGGUUUGCCAUAAUAGAUACGGAUAACAAUUGGUUAUUAAGACAUGAUAGACAGCGGAGUAUCUCCGGGUGAAGUAUUGUACAGCCGGAUUGAUUGAAGCGGGUAUGAGUAGCAA